AUGGGCUUCGCUGAGCUGCUGGAGGAGGUGGGCGGAUUUGGCAGGUACCAGUGGCUCCACGUGACUUUGAUCAGUUUACCUGGUUUGUUGUUGGCGAGUCAGAACCUGCUGAACAACUUCGUCUCAGGAAUCCCCGCCCACCACUGCAACCUGCCGGCAAACCACACCCUCUACAACCUGUCGCACCUGCAGGUGGAUGAGAAGCAGCUCCUGAAAGCUUUCAUCCCUCUGGACUCUUCAGGGAAUAGACUGGACCGCUGCAGGAGGUAUGUGGAGCCUCAGUGGCAGCUGUUAGCUGCUAACAACUCAGGUAAUGUUAGCCACCUACAGACGGAGGGAUGUUUGGACGGAUGGACGUUCGACAGCUCUGAGUUCUUUGCCACCACCGUCUCUGAGUGGGAGCUGGUCUGUUCUCUGCGUCCUCUGAAACAGAUGAUCCAGACCAUCUACAUGGGUGGAGUUUUAACAGGAGCCAUAGUCUACGGCGGCCUGUCUGACAGGUUUGGGAGGCGAUCUGUCCUUAUUUGGUCGUACCUGCAGCUGGGCGUGCUCGGUUGUAGCUCCGCCCUCUCUCCUUCAUACACCGCCUACUGCGUUUUUAGGUUUCUGAGUGGGAUGGCGGUGUCGGGAAUCAUCCUUAAUGGAGUCUCACUGAAGGUAGAGUGGAUCCCAACCAGAGAGAGGACGUUAGUGGGCACGCUGACCUCCUUCUUCUUCACAUUUGGUCAGAUGAUCCUGGCCGGGCUCGCCUAUUGGCUGAGAGACUGGAGGAAGCUGCAGGUGGCCGUUUGUGCCCCUCAGUUCCUGUUCUUUGCCUACAGCUGGUGGUACUCGGAGUCAGCUCGCUGGUUGGUUCUGAACGGUCGGUCUGAUGAGGCGUUAAAGAAUCUUCACAGAGUUGCUCGAAUCAACGGAAAAUCAGAGAUAAUCGACAAGUUAACACUGGAGGUUCUACAUUCUCACAUGAAGAAGGAGAUUGAGUCAAGUCGUUCAUCGUUCACAGCAUACGACCUGCUGAGGACCAGAGGGAUGAGACGUAUCUCCAUCUGUCUGAUUGCCGUCUGGUUCUCCACCAGUUUUGCGUACUACGGUUUGGCAAUGGACCUGCAGAAGUUCGGGGUGAGUAUCUACGUGAUACAGAUCAUCUUUGGAACUGUUGAUUUUCCUGCCAAACUGUUGGCUCUGGGCAUGCUCAGUUACCUGGGGAGGAGGGUAUCUCAGGCGACCUGUCUCUUCCUGUCGGCCCUCAUCAUCUUCGCUAACAUCUUUGUCCCCACAGACAUGCAGACCAUCAGGACCACGUUGGCAUGUCUCGGUAAAGGUUUCACCUCGGCCUCCUUCACUGUUGUCUACCUGUACACGGGAGAACUCUACCCUACCGUCAUCAGGCAGACAGGAAUGGGCUUUGUCUCCACAAUGGCUAGAGUCGGCAGCAUGGCGGCCCCCGCCGUCCUCAUCCUGGACGAGGUACUCCCUGCUCUGCCCAGUGUGGUGUAUGGGGGGGCGGCGGUGUUGGCUGGCUGCUUCGCCUGCUUCCUGCCAGAGACGCUUAACAUACCACUGCCUGACACCAUUGAGGACGUGGAGGAGAAAUGGUCUGGAAGAAACCACGCCCCCCAACACCAAGAGGGCGUGUUGUUACAAGAGGGUGGGGCGCCGGGACGUGAGGGCGUGAUCUCGAUGGAAGGCGUGGCUUUAAAAGAGCUGAAGGACGCAGAAGGGACUGGACUCAAUGCCCUCUGA